AUGGAAGCCAACGUGAAUUUAGCAUUGAGGAAACUCGGAGUAAAUUUCUGUUUAAAGGACCAGCAACGAGAGACAUUAGAAUCUUUAUAUGAAGGGAAUGACUGCAUAAGCGUGUUACCCACUGGAUAUGGGAAGAGCCUUAUAUUUCAAAUGUUGCCAUGGGUUUUAAAGGCUGAAAAUGUGUCCAGGAUGGUAAUUGUCAUCUGCCCAUUGACAGCCAUAAUGCAGGAUCAAGUGAUGUCGCUGUGCAAGAAAGGCAUCAAGGCAUAUUACAUCAACAUACAGGGUACUGGCAUAUGUUGUGUUAAAAGGUCUGGUGAAGAAAGUGGCAGUGAUAGUGAUGAUCUUGUGCAACCUGAGAUUGUGAGUAUUGUUCUGGGAGAGGAUUUUAGACCAAAGUUUCAACAAAUCGGAGAAUUAACUGCCCUUUUUCCUAAUGCAGCACACCUGGCUGUUACAGCAACAGCUACACCAUCUUCUAUUGCAUUUCUGUCAAAAACAUUGCAAUAUUCUAAACCUGUUGUAAUCACUGUCAACCCUGAUAGACCAAACCUAUAUUUGGAAAUCAAAACCAGACUGCCAAAUAUACACAAGUAUGACAAGUAUGACGACAUUAUCCAACCACUAACACAGGAACUAAAAGACCUGGGGGAUAGGUAUCCAGUUACAAUUGUAUAUGUAGAAAGUUUAGAGGCCUUAGGGUAUUUCUACCAGUAUAUCAAUUACGAGUUGAAAGAUGACCAGUAUAUUGGAGAUCCCAUUCCUGAAAACAGAAUUUUUGGGCAGUACCACAAGGACUACACCACUGCAAUGAAAUUACACAUUGUAACAGAGCUGAAAAAAGAGAAACCAAAACUAAGGCUCAUCUUAGCAACAGUAGCUCUUGGCAUGGGGUUAGAUGCUCCGGGAAUCGUGAGAAUUGUACAUUGUAGACCUCCUACCACACUUGAGAAGUAUUUUCAAGAGAUUGGAAGAGCUGGAAGAAGGGGUCAAAAAGCCAUAGCAACAAUGUAUAUCAAUAACAAUGACUUAGCAAAACACAGGAAAGGUCUAUCAGAAGCAAUGGUGAAAUAUUGUAAAGGAAAUCAUGGAUGUUUUCGACUUCAGCUUCUACAGUAUUUUGGCUUUGACAAAGCAAUAUUUAAUGGGCCAAAGGAUGAAUGUUGCAGUUUCUGCAGAUCCCAAAAUAGUGAACUUGAAUAA